GGCUGAACCAGCGGCCCAAGCAGCAGCAUGGCCGAACUAGGGAAGCGGUGUGCAACGUUUUUCAGUUUGGUUUCACUCUCCCAGAGAGCCGCACCUGCAUUCCGGCGAGAAGAGUUUCAGUGGUAAAAGUGUUGAGUUUCAGGAAAAAGGUGCUCACGUGAAACAACAUAGUGAAAACAAGCAAAUUAAAAAUUUCUCUUUGAAAAAAGAUGCACUUGCACCACGUGUUAAGCCGUCGUCACACCGGUAAAUCGAAUUCGCGCAAAUCAAUUUAUUUAUCCUGCUGUGUGCGUAAGUGGGCAUGUGCCAUGUUUGUGUUGAAGUGAAUAAAAGUAAAAAUAAAAUCAGCUCAAUAAAAAUACAACCUGUGCUCGGUCUGUUAGUUCGGCCCGUGUUGAUGUUUUGCCGUACCGAGCAGCGCCAGCUACGGGCACCAUCAACAAUCGAACGUGCGGACGCGACCAGACAACAAAACGGAGCACAGCAAAAUCAUCACACCCUUUUAUCCGCCAUGUGCAAGCAACAAUAAAGGAAGGAAGAAGCAAAAAAUAUAACACAAAAUAAAACCAAAACAGGCGCAACGCGUAAACUCCAGCAGUAGCAGCAGCAGCAGCAGCGCGAGCAUGCGGUACAGCAUAAAGAUCGUCGUCGUCGCCGUUAUAAAAACCGUGCGGGCGAUGUGAAAUAUUAUUCCCCGAGCCCAAUUCGUGUUUUGGCAGCUUGGCUUUUUUCCCCCCUUUGUGAGCUCAGGAGUAAACAAUUCGUUCGACAACGAAUGCAACUCGGCAUGACAAUCGAAUGCAGCGCAAUUAUGGCAACCGGUGCGGCGAACAAGCUACAAAGCAUCAUUGAAAAGAAACGUGCAGUGGUACCUUGCAACACACCUCAAGCAAUAUCGCCUAAAAAGAAGGAAACUAUUUUUCUGUCAAUGCACGAAGCAAACCCCUUGGAGAUAUCGAUAGACGAAGAGUUUAAGAUGACUGUACUCAGACGUGACGCGUCUCCAGCAGUUGAUGAACUCGUACAGACUGUGUCUACAGGACCAAGGGUUAAGGCACAGCAGUGCGCUUUUUCAUCAAGACACUCUUCCGAAAUGGGUGGUUAUAUAGCAGAACCAAACAGCAAUGUAAGUUGUACAGGCCUUACAACUGAAGCAAAAUUGUACGAUAAUGAUUUCCAGAAUAAUAUCUUUAUUACUGAUUCAAUCGUAAACGACGCAAAUUGCUUGGGUUUACAUAACAAUAUUCAUACUACUUCAAAAGUACCAGCAGAGAGCACUUCUGUACCGAGCAAUAUUGAUAAUGCUCCAAAGGUAUCAACAACAACCCACCCAAGCACUGAUGCAACAAACGAUUCUUAUGUCGGUAUUGGUUCAUUUAAUGUAAAGAACUCAGACUGCACUAGGGUAGAAUCGAAUACUGAUUCGUACAUUCAAACUUCACCAUGUUAUCCAACUGAUAUUGCAGUGGUGCGCCAGCAACCGACCAAUGUAUUAAACAAUUAUUCAGCAUAUGCUAGCGAUACAGAAGAAAACUUUUUCUCCAACCUAUCAACACAAGCACAAGAUCAAGUACUAAAUGAAUUUGGUUCUGGAGACGACAGGGCGUUCAGCACUAUCACGAAUGAUGUUGUAUUUUCUUCCAUGAGCAACGACGACAGUUACUAUCCAAAAUCAAUAGAACAUGAUUCUUCGGAUUCCAUAAACACUGGUGCUGAGAAAAGUGACAGCAAUGUAGGGCAGCACACAAUAGGCACGGAGGGCUUUCGAAUAAAUAUAAAUUUGGAAUUAAUUGCUACAGAAACUUGUUUGCGGUGGAUCAAUUCCGACAAGGAAAAUACUCGACAAAAGCUAAAUCUCAUUAAAUGUGGUACCGAAAUUCUGAGCAAACGGUUUAAUUUGCAUCACAGUGAAUGUUCAAAGCUGUCUCUUUUAUCAUCAAUAAAAAACAUCGGUAACAUAAAUCAGGACAGUCAGGAUAGAUCAUCAUCAUCAGAUCAAAUUAGAAUGAACCCCCUUUCUAAUGGAGCCAGUAGUCCAAAAAAAAGUAGAACUUCGAAAACACCAAUCGAUCAAGAUCAAUAUAUUCAAUCUUGCACACAAAAAUUAGAGAAAAACAAACUAAAUGUAGAUAUCAUUUCUACCAUAACAUGUUUGAGGUGGAACACCAUUAACGCAAAUUCUACUCCGCUACAGCAAACUCAAGCAAGAUUGGCCAGAACAGUAUUAAAAAAACGUUUCAGAUUAACCGACAGUAAGGCAUUUAAGUUAACGAUAGCUAACUUUAAACAGCUGGUGGAUAACAAAGCUUCAGCUUCUGAUAGGAAUGACAAAUUAUCCUUAAGCAAAGCAUUGCUACCGCAAAUGAGGAAGCAAAAAUCGAUCACAGAUGGGCUCAGUGUAGAAAUAGGCCAGUCCGCUCGGAAAAGAAAAACAAACUCAAUGAACAACAGAAUAUUGAAGCGGCGUAAAUCAGUUUCUUUUGAAGACUACACUUUUGAUAGUUCUGAUGAAAACGAUGAGGUUCUUAGGGAAGUAGAUAAUGAAAGUAGAUCAGCGCGAAAAUGUAUAUCUGAACUGCAAAAGGAUCCUGAUUGGCGCCCAUCUCAUCGCCUAAAAAUCCUGAUUGGCGCGGCAAAGGAUUCUGAUAGCUCAGAUGAAACUAGAUCAGACGAUUUAAGUUUUGAGCAUGACCAACAUGUGCCAAACUAUCAAGGUAGAACAACGGUAGAGUCAUCACCUUCCAGCUUUGAUAAUGACAAUCUUGAAGAAUCAAAUAGUAAUAAUGGUGAUUCAACGACCUCUCCAAUUCGUUUGUUUGAAGAUGACACAUUACUCAGCCAAAAUAUGCACCUCGGUGCGAAAACAAACCCCAGUAAACCUAUGGUUGCAUCUGCUAUGUCCACCAAACAAAACAAUUUUACCCGCGGUCAGAUAGAUAAUGAGGAAACAAUUAAUCAAACAGAGAAAAGUGCAAUAGCGACAAAAAAAGUCCGUAAACCAAAGUAUGACUGUCCCGAGGCUGACUUUGAUACACCUUCUUCUUCUUCCAUCGAAACUGAUACGAUAUGUCAGGACGUUAAUGCAAAUGCAAACUAUUCAAAUCAAUUUCCUAAACAAGAGGAUACAGAGAGCCAACAACCAGUUUGUUCAACACUAUCUGCUUCACCUGCACUAUCAAAUACGAAUCAGAAUUAUACAAAACUACAACUGGAUUCAUUGUAUUUUGCUUCAUUCGACGAUACCCUUGACGUUGAUGCUACUCAAAAUGCUACUAUCAACAUAGAAUCUCAACAUACUUUAGAUGUGGACAGUAGUACACAUGCCCCGGCAUUAUGUGAAGAUGCUUUAGGUACUACAUCUUGUGAGAGAAAAGAUUCGGGUAAUUUUAACGAUCUCUGUCAAGCACAAAACCAUGAUCCAAACCAGACAAUUAGAAGAACUUUUUGCACUGUUGCUGUUGAUCAUCCAUACGCACACAUUGAUACUUUAUCGAAAAUGGAUACGCAGCAAUCCCAACUGCCUGCUUUGAAAGCUGUGUCUAGCACAGCAAACAAAAAUGAAUGUGUUAAAAAUGGAGCAGCAGAAACUACAACCGGAAACAUCAGUGUCGUAUUGUCGGAAUCAAAAAAUAAGCUAUUGACAACUGCGAAUCUUACAACAACUAAUAACUCCAUCACUUCUGCUCAAGACAACGAAUUAGGAGUUGCGCAAGCGAAGAAAAGAAAUCGUAUAAAGCACACGGAACAAAAGCAAAACCUAGAAACUAGCAAACAUAUUCCGAUAAGUUCACCAACGAUGCCGCCUAAAAUUAACAUCAAACCCCAAAACAAAAAUAUGCCUAGCAUGCCCAACCGUCCAGUUUCAUCUAUAGAUUUCUUACUUCGUAAAAACAUGACCUCUAAUGAAAGAAUGAACAUGCCGAAUAAAAGAAUGCCUCGUUUGAAGUACACGGCGUGUAAAAUCACAGGCGUAAAGGAUCCGACUUCAUCUGCAACCAACGACACGCUAGAUUCUGGUGACAGUUUGUUAGGUUUUGUCAUUCAUGAAAAACUUACUAAAAACAAUCCUACCAUUAAUAGCGCCAUUACCACACAAAACGCUGGCGUAAGCAUGGAAGGAAACGUGAAAAAUAAAACAACAAAAACACAACCGAUAGAUAACGUUUCAUUCGUGGAAAAGGGAAUCGAGGCAUCUGUUAAAACAAAUCUACCCUCCUCUAAAGAAAAUAUGUCUAAAAGUAGCGUACAAGUUGAUUCGCGAUGUACAGUAGCUGCUCCAAAAACUGCAGAACCAUCUAGGUCUAUUGAUUCCUGCCAGUUAUUAACAUUGCAACCUAUAACGUGCGAAUCAAAUAAUGAACCGAACAAUUCGACGACCAAUAGUUUGACUCAAAUGUCAUAUUCUCCAGAGGAAAACUUAAAUCUAAAUAACUUGCAAAGCCCGCCACUAGCUGAAGCAAACGUAAAAGAAAUACCAUGUAGCAACAUGCAACGAACAGUUUCAGAAAACAGACAACGUCACACAUCCGUAUUGAUCACUGAUAAGUCUGAAGAUUUCCAUGGAGGUUCAAACCUUCUCUCUGAAAAAAUUGCUAAUAAUAGCGCACAAGAUGCUAAUCUAGACAAACAAAGAAACGAGUCUGAAAACAUUUCAAAUCCAAAGCAACCCCAGGAAGAAAAUAUUAAGACACAUACAAAUACCAGAGAAAAUUAUACAAAAGAAUGCACAAAAGGCCCGAAAUGCACAUCUGUAUCUGGGAAAGACAUGCAUGUAGAUUCAAAAGUAUGCACAGAAAAUAUAACCUGUAAUAGCACACAAAGUCAAGAUCAAGAGAAAAUUCCGAGUCCUCGAUCUAUGACAAGGAAGGCAAAUUCAGAACAAAAUAUAAUUGGUAAUAAUUCAAAAGUACCAACAGCGCUUGAUAAAAAUUUACUUACAAUUGUAGCCUGUCCUGAAAAUAUUUCAAUACGAAACUCUUCUCUUUCAAAAGAGAACGUAAUUAUUAACAGCGUGCAAACUCUGAAUCAAACAAACUCUAUAGUAGAAGAAAUUUCAAAGAACACUAGUGGGCAGAACAUAUCAGCUCAUGAAGAUUCUACAACUUCCUCUAAAAACUUUACAAUUAAUAGCUUCCACUGCUCAGAAAAAGCACUUCCGUAUAAGAAACGAAGGCUCAGCUUAAUGCUACCUCUCACACCUACUUCCUCGAAUACAUCGAUACAGCAAGUUACAAGAUUUACGACAAAUUUAGUAUCUCCGAACAAUAUUUCAAGCAACAGUUCAAGUCAAUCAGGCCCAAUCCUAACUACGGAAUCUGCAUUGGAAAUCGGUGGUGCAGUAAGAAAUAAUAUUAUAACUUCUUUUAGCAACACACAAACACAUCCUGAUACAAUACAUCCUGAUAAUGCAUUGCCAUUGAGCCACGCCAAAUUCAGCCCAUUCACACGUCGACAAUCUCUUGAUACUAACAGACAAAGUCAGUUUAUCCCAGAAAUACAAAUAAGACAACGGCAAUAUUCACUCUUUCUUCCCCAAGUACUGUCUAAUAUAUCCAACAACAACAACCAUUAUGGAACUACAGCUGCAAGUUCUUCUUCUGAUAAGGCGUUGAAAUCACAUCAAAACCCAACGAUUUGCUUAGAUCUACUUACUGUUAAAAACACACCUGACCAACUACAGCUUGAUAUUAAUGAAUUUGAAAAUACGCAAAGAACUCCACUCACCAAUUUAUCACGGACAACUUAUUCUACUCAAUCUUCAGAUCAAUCUAUCACAGAUCAUUCUACUAGUUCUCGUCGACCACAACGCUCAAACACAUAUUCGGCGAAUGUGGAAAGAAUCAAGGCCAAACGUAGGCGUGACAGAGAACAUAAUCAAAGGAAUAUUGACACAUACGAUUCAAACACACAUCAAACAACAGAACGAUCUAAAAAACGAUCUGAUUAUGACAAUUUCCGUGUACGAGAUGAUCGAAUGAGAGAGACUCCAAACAGUAUUCUUACACGUCGAAAAUCUGUAGCGACUUACACUCCAACUCAAUUUGUGCAGCCAUCAACGAUACGACAGAGAAGAAAUUCUGUCUACAAUUUCAAUGUUCUUUCCAAUAUAUCCAACAACAAAAACCAUUAUAAAACUACAACUGCAAGUUCCUCUUCUGAUAGGGCUCCAAAAUCACAUCAAAACCCAACACUUUGCUUAAAACCGCUUACUGUUCAAAACACACCAGAUCAACAACAGCGCGCAAAAGAUUCGCUAAGAGCAAUAUCAACUCCUCGCACCGAUUCAUCAAUGACAUCUUAUUCUACUCAUUCUUCAGAUGAAUCUAUCACAGAUAGCUCUCAUGGUUCUUGUCAACCACAACGCUCAAACACAUCUUCUGUGAAUCUGGAAAGAAGCAGGGCCAGGCAUAGACAUGACAGAGAGCGUAAUCAAAGAAAUACCGACACAUACGAUCAAAACAGAACGGAACGAUCUAAAAAUCGAUCUGAUUUUGAUAAUUUCCGAGCACGAGAUGAUCGAAUCAAAGAAACUCCAAAUAGUACUCUAACACGUCGAAAAUCUAUAGCCACGUUCAACCCAACACAAUUUGAAUUGCACAAUAUAUCCAUCAACAACUACCAUUACAGAACUAAAGCUACAAGUUCCACCUCUGAUAGUGUGCCGAAAUCACUUCAAAACCCAAUAUUUUGCUUAGAACCGCUUACUGUUCAAAACACUCCAGAUCAACAACAGCGCGCGAAAGAUUCGCAAAGAGCAACAUCAACUCCUCGCACCAAUUCAUCAAGAACAUCCUAUUCUUCUCAUUCUUCGGAUCAAUCUAUCACAGAUAGCUCUCAUGAUUCUUGUCAACCACAACGCUCAAACACAUCUUCUGUGAAUCUAGAAAGAAGCAGGGCCAGGCAUAGACAUGACAGAGAGCGUAAUCAAAGGAAUACCGACACAUACGAUCAAAAUAGAACGGAACGAUCUCAAAAACUAUCUGAUUAUGACAAUUUCCGAGUACGAGAUGAUCGAAUCAAAGAAACUCCUAAUAGUAUACAGACACGUCGAAAAUCUAUAGCCACGUACACCCCAACACAAUUGGCACUGUACAAUAUAUCGAUCAACAACUACCAUUAUAGAACCACAACUACAAGUUCCACUUCUGAUAGGGUGCCGAAAUCACAUUUUCCUAAUUCUCGUCGACGACGACGCUCAAACACAUCUUCUGGGAAUAUGAGAAGAAGCAGGAAAAAAUUUAAACGUGGUGGCAGAAAAGCAAACCGAAAGAGAUAAAAUUCAGUGUGCGAUUGCAAUGCAAUUAUAUUCAUCAAACUACGAGUGUAAUAGGCACACAGCUUUAGAUAAGUUUACAAAUGUGCGUCCAGAGCUCAACCAGCUCCCUAACAAUGACCCUAACAUGGCUCUAGAUGCACAAUAUUUCUCAUGGUAGCUCAAUGUAAGACAAGAUCUUUAAGUGGUACAGAGCUCGCUUUCUUCAACCGUUCUCCUUAUAUUUCAAUUCCAACCUGGCUUUACCUUAUCAUUCAUCAUCGCAAGGUCAUCUUCUCAUUGAAGAUCUCAGGUCAUCAUUGGGACGUGAAACGGAAUAAAUAUUUGCGUACCUGUUUCCAGGGGCAGUCCGGUAGUACAGUCGUCAACUCGAACGACUCAAUAAUAUGCCCAUCAUGGGAUCAAGCCCAGAAUGGACCGUCACCCCGUAGCAAAGGAUUGACCGGCAUGUGUGUAUACAGAUCGGCAUGUCCGCGUAUGACGUUUACGCCAAAUAGAAGAAGAAGAAGAUCUGUUUUCCCCGUUUUUGAUCCAGAAAAAUAAUAUCAUUUAUAUUAUGAACUAUUUUCUUACAUAUUAAAUACUUUUCCUUUGGCACUUGUCUCAUCCGUCGUUGGUAGCUCGUUUACAAUCGUCCAUUAUAAGCUGUUGUUUUAAAUACGUUUUUUUUUUUUCUUGAAAAUCUUUCGUACGCUUGAGGUGCAUUUACCUUACCUUGUAAAUAAAUGAUAAUGUUACGCAACGGCGAUUCAGAUAAUGUUAACAGAAUUUCCUUUUUUUAUAAGUAUAAAUGACAAAUUCAACAAAGGUCUAGUGAGAGAUUGAUAGGGCCCUUUUUAGAAACACUUAGAAUUAAGCAACAAUCUGUAUUAAUAAAUACCAUUAUUUUGUACAAUA